UUGAGAUCAUAUCAUCACAUUUGGGGAAACUCGAGAACCUGGACGUGAGCUAUAAUAAUAGAUUCAACGACAGCGUUUUAUCACAUCUGCGUGGGCUUUCUUCUCUCAAGUCUUUAGAUUUAUCAGGCAAUAUGUUGCUAAGAUCGCCGCCGACAGUCAAUGGUUUAAGGAAGCUGGAGUUCCUGCAGUCAUUGCCAAUAUCCCUGAAGACCCUUUCUCUCAAGGAUACUAAUUUAAGUCAAGGGACUUUCUUCAAUUCGAGCACCCUUGAAGAAUUGCAUCUAGAUCGUACUCCUCUCCUAAUAAACUUUCUCCAGAACAUUGGAGCAUUGCCUGCUCUUAAAGUUUUAUCUGUUGCUGAAUGUGACCUCCAUGGCACCCUACCCGCUCAAGGUUGGUGUGAAUUGAAGAAUUUGAAGCAGUUAGAUCUCUCUGGAAAUAAUUUAGGAGGUUCACUCCCAGAUUGUUUGGGGAACUUGUCAUCUCUACAACUAUUAGAUGUUUCUAAUAACCAGUUUACUGGAAAUAUUGCAUUUGGUCCUCUUACCAACCUCAUAUCCCUUGAAUUCCUCUCACUAUCAAAUAACCUCUUUGAAGUUCCCACUUCAAUGAAGCCUUUUAUGAACCACUCAAGCCUCAAGUUCUUCUCCAGUGAGAACAACAGACUAGUAACGGAACCUGCUGCCUUUGAUAAUUUGACUCCAAAGUUCCAACUACUCUUUUUCCGCUUGUCAAGUAGUCCAACAUCGGAAGCACUCAAUGUAGAAAUUCCCGACUUCCUCUAUUACCAAUACGACUUAAGAGUCCUUGAUCUCUCCCACAACAACAUCACCGGAAUGUUUCCAUCGUGGUUGCUUAAGAACAAUACACGAAUGGAGCAACUAUAUCUGAGCGAGAACUCCUUUGUUGGUACUUUGCAGUUACAAGAUCACCUUUAUCCGAAUAUGACCGCAUUAGAUAUAUCCAACAACAACAUGCACGGUCAAAUUCCAAAAGAUAUUUGUUUGAUCUUUCCAAAUCUAGAAAACUUAUGGAUGGCUAAGAAUGGAUUCACAGGUUGUAUUCCUUCAUGUUUAGGAAAUAUUAGCUCUUUGGGAGUUUUAGAUUUAUCCAACAAUCAAUUGUCCACAGUAAAACUAGAACUGCUAACAACAACAUGGUUUCUCAAGCUGUCAAACAACAAUUUGAGUGGGCAAAUACCAACCUCGUUGUUCAAUUCUUCUACCUUGCAAUUUCUCUACCUAAGUGGUAACAACUUUUGGGGUCAGAUAUCGGAUUUUCCGUUAAAUGCGUGGAACAAUUGGGUUGUAUUGGAUUUGAGUCACAAUCAAUUUUUAGGCAUGCUCCCAACGUGGUUCGUCAAUUCUACGACCCUUGGUGCAAUUGAUUUGUCCAAAAAUCAUUUUAUAGGUCCGAUCCCAAGAGACUUUUGUAAGCUUGACCAGGUUGAAUAUUUGGACCUUUCUGAGAACAACUUGUCUGGAUAUAUACCAUCUUGUUUCAGUCCACCACCUCUAACCCAUGUGCAUCUAUCCAAAAAUAGAUUGAGCGGUCCAUUAACAUAUGGAUUUUUUAACAGCUCUUACCUGGUUACGAUGGAUCUUAGAGACAACAGCUUCACCGGCUCUAUUCCAAAUUGGAUUGGCAAUCAUUCAUCAUUGAGUGUUCUUCUUCUGAGGGCUAAUCACUUUGAUGGUGAGCUCCCUGUUCAGUUGUGCUUGUUAGAACAAUUAAGCAUUUUGGAUGUUUCACAAAACCAGCUCUCUGGUCCACUACCCUCUUGUUUGGGCAAUCUUACUUUCAAGAAAAGUUCCCAUAAAGUGUUCGCGGGUUUGGUAGCUGCUUUUGGAUCGAGUUCCCUAGAAUGGUCCACGGAAAAAGCUUAUUAUGAAGCAAUGGGUCCACUACUAGUGGAUAGUAUGAACAACUUGGGAAAGUAUAUUUUGCUUAACUUUACAGAAGAAGUGAUAGAAUUCACAACAAAAAAUAUGUAUUAUGGUUACACGGGGAAAGUUCUCAGCUACAUGAAUGGUAUUGAUCUCUCUAAUAACAACUUCGUAGGAGCAAUCCCACCAGAAUUUGGAAACUUAAGUGAGAUACUGUCGUUAAACUUAUCACACAACAAUCUCACUGGAUCUAUCCCUCCAAUAUUUUCAAACCUAAAGCAGAUUGAGAGUUUGGAUCUUUCUUACAACAACUUGAAUGGUGUCAUCCCUCCACAACUUAUAGAGAUUACCUCACUGGAAGUUUUUAGUGUGGCGCACAAUAACUUGUCAGGCAGGACACCCGAAAGAAAAUAUCAAUUUGGGACCUUCGAUGCAAACUGUUACGAAGGAAAUCCUUUCUUGUGUGGACCUCCAUUGCGAAACAAUUGUAGUGAGGAAGCAGUGCCAUCACAGUCAGUGCCUAAUGAUAAACAAGGAGAUGAUAGUUUCCUAGACAUGGAGUUUUUCUACAUCAGUUUCGGUGUAUGUUACACAAUUGUGGUGAUGACGAUUGCAACCGUUCUCUACAUCAAUCCAUAUUGGCGACGAAGGUGGUUGUACUUCAUCGAAGACUGCAUAGAUACAUGCUACUAUUUUGUGGUGGCUAGUUUUCGCAAGUUUUCAAACUUCAGGAGGUGAAUUUGUUACUGGGAAGACGAUCGUUUCUAGUUUGUGAUGAUUGUUUGUCUAGUUAUUGGGUGCUUAAUUUGUAGUGUACUGUCUGUACAUCAAAUAUAUAAGCUGGACUUCUCAUUCCUGAACCAUUAGGAAGGGAACUGAUUUGGAUUGGUCAUUG